AGCAAGCUUCCCCUCAUAUCACGCCGUUCAUCUUCAACUCAAUCGUGUCGACCGGCGCCUUCCCUAACAUUAGCUGCAGUUCGGCGAUAAACUAAAACGCGCCAGGUGAUUGGCAGCCGCGACGUCUCUUCGCCAAAGGCAUCUUUCCGACAUUCGUCAACUUCUCUGCACCGGGAAAAGUACUCGUCAACUUCAUCACAACACAAUCGCUUCAUCACAGUCUUUCAUAGCCCGAACGCAAUGAAGGUUUCAAUUGGCCUGGCCGCCGUCACGGGCCUCGCCGGCUUCACUGCCGCCAAAAAGCCCGACCCUCCCAAGAUCACCGACUUUGACUGGGAUACCAUCACGCCCGCCCGCAAGCUGGAAUACCACCCAUGCUACAAAGACUACCAAUGCGCCCGCCUCAGCGUCCCUCUCGACUGGCUCGACGAGACGAACGAGCACACGGUCGCUCUGGCAAUCAUCAAGCUCCCUGCCACCGUCCCCGACGACGACCCAUCUUUUGGCGGCACCGUCUUCACCAACCCAGGCGGGCCCGGUGGCUCCGGAGUGAGCAUGCUGCUCCGCAAUGGCCACGAUAUGCGCCGCACGCUGAGCGGCGGCAGCAAAAAGUACGAGAUGCUGAGCUGGGAUCCGCGCGGCGUGCAAUUCACAACGCCCGUGGCUGAUUGCUACGAGGACGAACUCGCGAGGGACACGGACAACAUCCAACGUUUGGCCAUCGGGCCGCUUGAUGCCAGUCCGGAUGCAUUGAGAAGGCAGUGGGCGAGGAUUCAGGGGUACGGCAGGCUCUGUACCGAGAAGCCGGGCAACGGCUCCAUUAUCCCAUUUGCUACGACGGCGUCUGUCUGCCGUGACAUGGUCGAGAUGGUGGACAAGAUUGACGAGCUUCGCAAGGAAGAAGCAGUAGCCUCGCAACCCGAGCAGUCGCUAGAGCUCCGGAAGGUUAAGGAGGUGCCGCGGAUUCAGUACUGGGGCUUCUCAUACGGCAGCAUCCUCGGCAAUACGUUCGCCUCAAUGUAUCCUGGGCGCGUAGGCCGGCUCAUUGUUGAUGGCAUCGCGGAUUCAAAUGACUACGUGGCAGGGGGCUGGAAGACCAACCUUCAAGACACGGAGAAGCUUGUUGACUAUUUUUACGAGACAUGCUUUGAGGCUAAGGAGAAAUGCGCGCUGAGCCGGCCUUCGGACAAGCAGUGGCAAGACAUUCGUGAUCGAGUCGAUCAGCUCGUGAAACGUCUCGACGAAGCCCCCGUCGCGGUACUCAACGGCAAGGUGACAAACAUCUUGACAGGGUACGAUGUAAUCCUUUCCUUCAAGAACCCGCUCUACGCGCCCUACACUCGCUUCAUCAAACUCGCCAACGAAAUCAAUGCUGCCAUCGAGGGAAACUACACUGCCAUCCUGGAGUCCGCCUCCGCCGAGAUUCCCAAGAUCGACCAGGCCUGUACCCAUCCAAACGCCACAGAUCUGAGGCUCUCCUGGGGAGACGGCGGUCAGGCGGUCCUUUGCGGCGACGGCGAAGACAACACGAAUAUGACCCUCGCCGACUACAGGGCCUACGUCGCGGAGCUCGAAUCCCAGUCGCCGACCUUCGCCGGCUACUGGGGACAGAUUCGCUCCGCCUGCACGAGCUGGCUCGUCCGCCCCAAGUGGCGCUUCACAGGCCCGUUUACGACACCGCCGCACGAUGCUGCGGUUGUAGAAGGCCGGCCCGCAGCGCCGCUGCUGUUCAUGUCUUCGCGGCUCGAUCCCGUGACACCGUUGAGGAACGCUUUUAAAGCGAGUGAGGGACACCCCGGGUCAGUUGUCGUGAUUCAAGAGUCGGUGGGCCACGCUGCCUUUGCCACGGGGAGCAAGUGCACGACCAAGAUCCUUCAGGAGUAUCUCGAGCAUGGGACAGUGCCGGAGAGCGGGACCGUUUGCCAGCCCGAUUGUGGCCCUUGGGAUGGCGAUGCGUGUGAGUCGGAUAGCUUAAGCGUCAACGUGGCGCCUCUUGCGCCGCCACAUGAUAGAUCUCAUCACCGUCUCUAUUGAGGGAAGCCGGGAUAAGACAAAAGAUAUCGGGAGAUGUCCCUGGCGAGGAUAGAGGUAUUGAUAGAUGCGCCUCCACAGGGUGACUAUGGGAAUAGGUACGAGAACAGCAAAUAGCUACAUACUAGAAUCGUAGAUUCAAGACACUGGGAA